AUGGAUAGUGAAUAUCGUAUUAUCCUAAAUGUUGGUGGCAUACGACAUGAAACAUAUAAGCAUACGCUUAAAAAAAUUCCUGCGACACGUUUAAGUCGUUUGACACAAAAUUUGGCUAAUUAUGAUCCCGUUCUCAAUGAAUACUUUUUUGAUCGUCAUCCAGGCGUUUUUGCGCUUAUUUUAAAUUAUUAUCGUACUGGUAAAUUACAUUAUCCAUUAGAUGUUUGUGGGCCACUUUUUGAGGAAGAAUUAAAGUAUUGGGGUUUGGAUGCUAAUGAAGUUGAGCCAUGUUGUUGGAUGACAUAUACGCAACAUCGUGACACACAAGAAGUAUUGACUGCACUUGAUAAACUUGAUAUUGAUUUUGAUGAAAGUCGUUUGAAGGAUCCCGAGGAAGUCUAUCGACGAUUUGGUUGGGAGGAUGAUUAUCAUAAUCAUUCGUUAUCAAAAUGGCAAAAAUUGAAACCUAAAAUUUGGCAUUUAUUCGAUGAACCCUAUUCAUCAAAUGGAGCAAAAGUAAUUGCUGUUGUAUCAGUUUUUUUCCUUAUCAUAGCAAUCUUCGUAUUUUGUCUUAAAACACAUCCCGGUUUACGGGUUGCCGAAUUGAAUAUUAUGCAAAUUAAUGCAACAUCCGGUCGUUAUUAUCGUUCCAUGGGCUUCCCAAACAAAUAUCGUACCGAAACAAUUGAUAUUGAUAAAGCAAAUUCCAAACCGCAUCCAGGUUUUUUAAUAGUUGAAGCAAUAUGUAAUGUAUGGUUUACAAUAGAAAUUUUUAUUCGAUUUAUAACUGUCCUAGCAAAAUUAAAUACUUUAAAACACCGGUAA